AUGAGUAAACAAACAAUAGAAAGCUACUAAUUAUAAGUAUAAAAGCUUGUAGAAGAAAAUGAAGAAUUAGGAUAGCAACUACAAUAAUUAAGUGAAGAAAUUACUUCAAAAGAUGAAGCAAUUUAAAAGGCUUCUAUGGUCAUUUAAAUGCUAAGAGAAGAUUUGGAAAAGGCUGUUUAAGAUUUAUAAGAAAGUGAAAAUGAAAGGGAUUAAUUUAAAAAGAAUUGGAAAGAUGCUCAAAAAUAACUUAAUGCUCUUAAUACUUCAAGAUUUAAAUCUGAGAUGGAACAAUAAAUUCGUUAAUUUAGCUCUCGAGAAAAAGAGCUUUAGUCUAAAUUUGAAGAAGAAAGAGAAACAAAUAAACUAUUACAAUCUUAAGUUGAUGAGAUGUAAUAAGAAAUUGACAUGUUGAGCUAGAAAAAUAAAAAUAAUUAAAAGGAUUUAACAUAUUUCAAAUAGUAGUUAAAGCAAUUUGAGAGCAACGAAGCUAUUCUUAAAGAAAAAAUUGAAUAUAAAGAGAAUCAAUUGACUGAUAAGCUUUCUCAAAUUACUAAUUUAAGACAGUCGAUCACAGAUCUAGAAUCACACUAUUAAAAUGAGAUUUAGUUAUUAAAAAAAGUCAUAGAAAACCAAAAUAAAUUUAAAUUCACUCCUAUAAACAAAACAUCUGCAAAUUCAGCUUCUUUUGUUGGUGAUAAAUCUAAUUCAGGUACUCCUAGAAAAGGAAAAGAGAGCCUCAACGAAACAUUAGACUAGUCUUUUGCUAAUAGAAAUGUUUAAUCAUAAAAAAAGCCAAUUUCUAAAAAGAGAUCAAUUAGCUAAUCUUAAUUGAGUCAUAGAAAAUUAAACAGUUAAUCAAUGAGCAAUCUUCAUUUUGAUGAUAAAUAGCAAUUUAGUAAUACUAGUCACAUAAACCAAAAAAUGAUUAGAUCACAAUUACAGAAACAAGACUUUGAUAAUAACAAUGAAAAUUAAUAGGAAUAUAAAUAGCUGGAAUUAAAAAUUAAACUAUUAGAGACAGAAUUACAAGAUUCUUUGGAUAGAGAGAAAUAAGUUAUUGAAUAAUUUGAUAGAAUUGUUGCUAAUGAAGCACAAAGAGUUCUGGAUUAUUCAAAAGAUGUUUUCGAUAAGGAGGUUGCCAUUAGACCUGAAGUAGAGAGAUAUCUCAUGAUGAUUGAAGAGUUAAAAUAAAAGUUAGAAGAUUAAUCUUAUAAAGCUAUUCAGCUUUCAUAAGUUAUAAAAGAUUCCUAAAUUGUGCAAAGACUCACUAUGAAGACGUUAAUUGAAUAAAAAAUUAUGUUUGAUGUCUUUAUUGACAAACUAGAAUAGCAUAUUAAUAAUGUUGAAAUUGAAUUUAUUACCCUCACAAGAGAUAGCAGAGAAACAAUUUAUUUGUAGAGCUAUUCUGAGAUAAGAUCAUGUUUAGGAAGGGUCAGAAAUGAAAUUAUUCAGUUUAAUUCUUAGAAAGACAAAGAACUUCAGGAAGUUAUCACUUAAAAUAGUAAAGAUACUGUAAGGUAAAAGAAUUAAGGGGAAUACAGUUAAAGAACAAGAGUAGAAACUCUUGAAAAAGAAAACCUUUUAGUAAGUGAAGCUUAUAAAUAGAUAAAGGAAAUAUUAGAAGAUAAAGGAGAUUUUUAACCUUCAUGGUAAGAUAGUGAUUCUACUCCAUAAAAAAUGGCUUCGUUUAAUCCAAAUGAUAGUAGAGGAAAUACUGCUGCACAAAAUAAUAAUAAUAAUGUUCUUUACAUUCGAAACACUGAUUCAGAAUAAUAAAUUACAUUUGAAGGAAGACUCUCAUCAUAAAAUUAGCAAACCUAAGGAGAUUAAUUCUUUGAUUUCAAUUUACACCAAAAUCUUAUUAGGAAAAUAUAUUCGCUCCAAGAAAAAGUCAAGUCAUAUGAAAAAAUACUUGACGAGAAAUUUGCCCUUGAAAAAUCUGAAAGGAAUAAAGAUGAUUAUCUAUAAAGAAGAUUAGAAGAAUUAGAAGAAGAAAAAUUAUUUUUCUAAGUUGAGAGAGAGAAAUAUUUACUUGAAAAAGAUUAACUUAUUUAGCAGAUUAUUUAGCUAGAAGACUAAUUAGUUGGGUAAAAUUUUGAAUAUAGCGGUCAGUUAUUAAGCAGUUCUCAGAGAGCUAAUUUGAAAGCAGUAAAUAUUGGGAAAAAUAAUUUAAUAUCAUCUGAGCGUAAUUAGAACGAGUAAAUUAACAGAUUAAUUGAAUUAGAAAAAGAAAACCAAAUUCUGAAAGAAGCAAAUACUGGAUUAAGAAUAGAAAUUGAAUAGAUUGUUAUUGAUUUGAAAGAGUAGCAAGAGAAAAUAAUCAAGCUGGAGCAAGAAAACAAGUAAUCACUUUCUUUAGCUGACUAAAGCUUAUUAGAUUUAGAUCAAGCCAUAAAGCAGAAUGAUAUUUAACAUGAAGAAAUUAACUAGCAAAAACUUGUUAUAGAUAAUUUGUAAAAAGUAAUUGAAGAAUAAAAAGCUAACCUCCAUAAUAUUUUGAAUUAGAGAGUUUAUCAAAAUAGUGAGGAAUGCUAGAAACUAAGAUAAGAAAUAGGUGAUAAAGAGAUAACUAUUCAGACUUUGAAAAAAAAAUUAGAAGAAAAUGAAUCAAUUAUGCAAGAUUACUGCGAUAUAAUUGCAGCUUCGCGUAAUAAAUCGGAAGAAGACAAAAGCUUUAACUAUAAAUCUUAAAUUGAAAACCUCCUUUCGUUGCUAACAAAGUCUUUAGAGCAGUAUAGUGUGAAGUAAAAUUUUAUUUCAAAAUACAAAGGAUUUCUUGAAGAAAACUAUGUAGUUAAGAUGUUUGUUUAGAAGCUGCAGCUUUUUAAAGAAAAAAUAUCUUCAACUAUGAAAACUGUUCUUUAGGGAUACAACAAGGUUAAUUAAGUAAUGUUAGAAAAUAGCAAUUAUAUUUAAAAUAAUACUACCUCAACACUUUCAACAAGUAGCAGAUUUUACAAAAAUAAAUCACCUAGGCAAAUCAGAGCUGAUUAUAUAGAAUCAAAGAAUAACCAAGACUUUGAAGCCAAAGGUUAUCAUAACAAAAACGAAUCGAGCUAUAAAGAAAACUAGCCAUUUAACUCGAACUGCUGCAGUAAUUACUUUUCUGAAAAUGCUGAAUCAUUAGAUGAUCUUGAAUAGUAAUGUCAAAAAUUUACAGGAAACAUGAUUGAAAAUUUGAUAAAAAAAGAAGCAGAACAAAAUCUAAAGAUCAAAGUAAUGAAGUUCUGUCGUGUGCUAAACGAAAUUGCUGAAUAAUUAAUCAUAAACGCGAACAGCAGAGAUGAAUUCAUCAUUAACAAACUUUAAAGGCUGUUUGAAGAAAAUUAACAAAAAAAUGUAAUUAUCGUGGAAUUUUAAUUUUCUCUAAUGUCGAUUCUCAAAACAUGGAAAUCAGGUUUAUUACAGCAAGGUGAGGUAUUUUAUCAGUUAUCUUUCUAUUUGAAGUCUCUUGUGGAGGACAAAGAACUCAACCAGCCUAUUUCUUUAAAUAAUUCCUCUAAAAAAUUAGACAUGCACAAGCAUAUUGAUACUCUAUCUUCAAAUGAUUUUUUCAAUGAAGUUAUGGAUAAAAUAAAAUUAUUAGAUAAAAGGAUGGCAGAUGAAUAGAAAGCUUAGAGCUCUGACUAGUCUCAAUUCAAGCAAUAUAAGCAAAAAAUUCAGCAUGUAUUUAGACAAGCUCUAGAUAAAUUCAUAGAAUCAAUCGAUUACAUAAAAGACAAAAUGCUCCUCAAUAAGAAUUUUUUUCCCCCAAUAAUUGUUUCCGAUAGUUUUAAUAAUUAAUUUGAAAGAAAUUAUGUUCCUAUAAUUGAAUAGCUAGCUCUUGUGAAUAAAGAAAGUUAAUAUUCAAAUAAUCCCCUGAAUGUAUUUCAUGCAAUCAUAUAAGUCUAUUAAAUUUUACUUAAAGAUUUCAAGACUAUAAAUAAUAAGAAAGCAGCUAAUAAUAUCUUAUCAGCUUUGGAUCAAAUCAAAGAAAUUUAAAGUAGUCAUCAUAAUUCAACAAAUUUAUUUAUUUUACCCUUUGUCUAUAUUAUUGAUUCAUUUGUAAAUGCAUUGUGUAAUUUUUGA